UUUCCGAAUAUUAUUCCGGCUACAAAGCUUUCUUAUCCAUCGUGAAAAUGAUGGCAGAAGACUGGAUGGCGCCGAAAAUAGACGCGGAGAGAAACGUGAUGAUAAAGCGUGCGCAGACUGCACGGCUGAUCGUCAUCUGCGGAUACGUUCUGAUGAUAUUCGCGUUCACUUCAAUCAUCGUUUUUCCUUGCUUCGGUCUGCCAUUCAGACGUCUAACGAAUCUUACGGAUCGGGAUAGGACGUUGCCGCUGCAAACGUAUUAUUUUUAUGACACGGAUAAGAGUCCGCAAUUUGAAUUGACGCUUCUCGUUCAGGCCAUGACGAUCUUCUUGGCGGCUAUAACUUACACGUCGGUGGAUGCUUUCCUCGGGCUCACAAUCCUCCAUAUCUGCGGCCAGUUAGAGAACUUCAGACGGCGAUUAAUCAGCUUGUCCUCGCGCAAAGAUUUCGAUUGUGCUCUACGCAACAGCGUGAUCGCUCAUCUGCGACUCAUCAGAUUUGCCAAUAAAAUCGAGGAUAUAUUUGCCUUAAUGAUAUUGGGUCUAGUAGUUUACUUUGGUAUCGUAUUUUGUUUAUAUGGAUUUCUAUUGCUCACUGUGGUCACUAACGCAGAGAACGUUUCUCCUUCACGAAUAAUCUAUGUGAUAGUUGGUGUCGUUACUCUAUUAGCGCAUACGUUUCUCUAUUGUCAUGCCGGCGAAAUUAUAACAAAGCAAUGCGAUGCGAUAUACUGUGCCCUGUACAAUCUUGAUUGGUAUAAACUGAAGUCAACAGAAGCAAGAAACUUAAUUUUAGUAAUGAUACGUGCCAGUGAACCUUUUCGCAUUACUGCAGGAAAAGUCAUUCCGUUGACGAUGACCACGUUUUGUAGCGUAAGAUUAUAUUAAUAAUCCAUCACAUUAAAAUAAUGUACA